AUGGCGGAUUCUCCGAUAAAAGAGCCAUUAGUAACUAAGGAAGCUAGCUUCGACUUUGUUGACCAACUGGACGACGAAUAUUCUGAUAAUCAUAGGCAAUCAAAAACGUCAAAAAUAAGAUCUUUCAUUGAUUAUGUUUCUAACUUAUACAAGGGGUCCAAAAACCACCAUAAUAGACGCAGGUUACAAUUGAGGCAAUUAUUUAGAAUAUUCCCCAAAAGAUUAUGUAAUCUGCUAAUUAUCCUGUUUCUGAUUGCCUUGAUCAUUUUAAUCCCCAUUAUUGCUGUUAAUGACCAUGGGAAAAAACUUGUGGCUGAUUAUAUCCCAUAUAAGAACCCAAAAAGCAUUUCGUUCAAGAAAGAUUUGUUGAAAACCGAUAUAUCAUUGGCCUUGAGUUUUAAAAACGACUGGAAAAAUUCUCCAUUAAACACUGAUAUGUUAAAUAAAUACUUAUAUUUUAUUGGUGAUUUAAAUGAUUACUUUUUUAAUUUGAAAGACACUCCAGCUUUGAGAAAAGCCAUAGAACGUGAUGAUAUAUGUUCACAAAGUUCCACCAGUCUAAAGGGGAGCGAGGAUAAUGGUAAAAACAAUAUUAUGGUUGCUAAAAAAAAUAUCAAGCUUUUAAAUUCUGCAGAUACUAAAAGUGUUGCUAAAUUGGCUGAAUUAGUUGAAAUUAGGGAAUAUAUCUUUAAGAAUUAUCCAAACUAUAAAAAACAUUUAACUGACGAAUGGGAGGAAAAAAAUCUACAAGAUUCCGAAGUUUUAUGGAGACAUUGGCACAAAAUGGAAGGCGAAGCUAUUUGGUUACCAAGUGAAAAAUGUUAUAUUAUGAGCUCACGGGUCACUUACACUGAUACACCAAACAGAUUUUUCCCAACGGUCACCUUUGCUUAUUUACAGGCGUUUGAUGACAAUUGGAAUGAACUCAAGGGUAAGAGAGUAUUUUACCAUGAUAUCAAUAUUAAUACAGAUGAUAUUGCUAAAUCUCUAGCCCAUAUUCAAGAGGAGGUUGGUAUUAAAGAUUGUACUCUGGGCAAGUAUAGUUCUGAUCCAAUUGCUUACGACAAUUGUUUAACAAAUAACAACAGAUUGAAAUUGCAACUUGAUAUCAGAAAGGAAAAAUUUUUGAAUAAGUUUAGUAUUUCUUACCCAACAAUUUUAGAUUUUAACUUGGAUAAUUCUCUUGACAUUAAAGAUUGCGGUCCUAAAGAAGUUUCCAUUAUUUUGAAAAACGGUCCGCAUUUCCAAGAACCUAUUUUACAUUUUACCGCUUUAGAAAAAGUUGGUAAUGAUAAGAAAAAGUUUAAAUAUUUGGUUUUCCCCCAUAGAAAAGAAGACAACUAUGUUAAAUUAACCAUCCCAGAAAACACCAUCUCUAUCCAAAACUUGGAUAAACGCUGGAGCCCCUUUUUCCAUCCAAAUGAUUUGACCAGUAAAUCAAAGUUGAGAAAGGGCUAUAUUCAUUUAAUUACUUCUAAUAAACCAUUGGAAGUUUUACGGUGCUCUUUGGAUAGUGGUAUUUGUAAAAAGACCUAUAAUAGCUAUAACGAAUGGGGUGAUUCAAAAGAUUCAGUUCAAAGUUUGGAUAUUUUACCAGGGUCUCAAUAUGUUAAAUUACCAUCUGUGGUUCCUACAAUCAAAAGUAUGAAUUUAUGGGUUGGUUUCCCACUAAUGCUUGUAAAGAAUUGUGGUUGUGGAGAAGAGUUCCGUAGACCCUCUCUAACUCUAUUAACGGAAUACAAAGGUUCUUAUAAUUUUGAACUUUUUUCUGGUGUACAAGAUUUUAAUAUCCCAGUAACUAGUUGGGAUUUGAAGGCUGAUUAUUGUGAUGCAGCUAAUUCAUUAAGAGUUACCUCAAUUCUAUAUUGGGAAGUUGUGUCUCAAAAUGUAAUAAAAGGCGAAUUUGAUGAUUACAUGGGUAUUGUUGUCACUGAAGCCGAUUACACAACUAGGGUUGUUGUUUUAAGAGGUGUUUUAAAUCAUAUCUUUAGAAAUUAUGCGUAUAGAGAUAUAGAUGAAAGUUUUAAAGCCCACCAAUACACCAAGGAAGUGAUUGAUAAGACUCUAGAGUGUUUUGCUCAGGAUAUGGGUAAUAUCUGCAAAACAUAUGGUUUCGAACAUUUAAUGACUGGUCAACAGCUUGCCAAUGCUAUUACGGAUCAAAAAACUUUGGUAGAUAAAUUGAAAAAGGAAGAAGAAACAAGGGAAAAAGAGGAAGAAGAAAGGAAGAAGAAAGAAGAAGAAGAAAAGAAAAAGAAAGAGGAAGAAGAGAAAAAGAAGAAAGAAGAAGAAAAGAAGAAGAAAGAGGAAGAAGAGAAAAAGAAAAAAGAGGAGGAAAAGAAAAAGAAAGACUGA